AUGGAAAUUUCAGUCCUGUCUCAAGAUCAGAAAUGGAAGCAAGUAAAAGUUACUGAUGUUUUCAUUACCAAUAAACCCAAACUUGAAUCUGUACUGAUAUUAAGUCAGCCUUGGUUCCAGAAAAAUGCAAUAAAAGUGGACUUUCCAAAUAAAACUCUUACAUUCUUCGAUGGAACUAGUUAUGAGGGAUGUAAAGGGAUUAGCGAAGAAGUGAUGAAAACCUUCAAUCCAAAAAUUAAAAUCGAAUACCCUAAUUAUUCAGAUGAAAAAUGGUCCGAUUCUGAUCUACCUCUACCUAUUCCAAUGUUUACCGGUACAUUAUUAAAUGAAACAAAUCUUAUUUCUGCGCUCAGUAAUUGUAUCAGAAAUAUUGGCAGAAUUAAUCCUAAUCAUUUAUGGUUUACAAAUAAUUUUACUUAA